AUGGACGACGAGUUCCUGUCAGAGUUCCCCGCGGCGCUGAGCCCGAACUCCAGCGAGGAGCCCGGCUGGUGGUCCGGCUCCGGGGACGACGAGGAGACGGUGCACUUCGCCGUGCGCUGCGUCAUGACCUCGGUGUACAUCCUGAUCAUCACCGUGGGUCUGGUGGGCAACAUCACCCUGGUGAAGAUCUUCAUCACCAACAGCGCCAUGCGCAGCGUGCCCAACAUCUUCAUCUCCAGCCUGGCGGCCGGGGACCUGCUGCUGCUCGUCACCUGCGUGCCCGUGGACGCGUUCCGCUACCUGUCCGAGGAGUGGGUGUUCGGCGAGGCGGCGUGCAAACUCAUCCCCGUCAUCCAGCUCACCUCGGUCGGCGUGUCCGUGUUCACGCUGACGGCGCUCAGUGCAGACAGGUAUAAGGCGAUAGUGAACCCGAUGGACAUCCAGAAGUCCAGUGCCGUCUUCUGGACGUGUCUGAAAGCGGUUUCUAUCUGGCUGCUGUCUGUCCUCCUCGCCGUCCCAGAGGCCGUUUUCUCCCAGGUGGUCAGCAUGCAGGGUCACCGGGAUCAAACCAACAGCACCUUCGUGAACUGCGUUCCGUACCCGCUGUCCAAUCAGAUGCAUCCGAAGAUCCACUCAGUGAUGAUCUUCCUGGUUUACUUCCUGAUCCCUCUCACCAUCAUCUCGGUGUAUUACUACCACAUCGCCCGCACGCUGGUGAAGAGCGCCCAGGACAUGCCGGGGGAGGUCAGCGACCACACCAAGAGACAGAUGGAGACCAGGAAGCGUCUGUCCAAGAUCGUGCUGGUGUUCGUGGGCCUGUUCGCUCUGUGCUGGUUCCCCAACCACGUGCUCUACAUGUACCGCUCCUUCAACUACAACCACAUGGACCUGUCCCUGGUCCACCUGGUCAUCACCCUGCUGGCUCGAGUCCUCAGCUUCUCCUCGUCCUGCGUCAACCCCUUCGCCCUCUACCUGCUGAGCGAGAGCUUCCGCAGGCACUUCAACAGUCAGCUGCGAUGUGGUCGAGCUCCACGCCCCGAGCGCCAGGCCAGCUACCUGCACAGCACCUCCCACAUCCGCCUCACCUCCAUCAAGAAGAACACGCCCACUGCCCCGGCAGCCAAUGGCAACAGACAGGAAGUGGCCCUGUGA